AGGAGAAAGUGAAGAGGACACACUUUGGAAGAGGUAUAAAGGGUUAUAACGCGAGAACAGAGAACCACCCCGCCUAAAAACAGCUCCGAACAAAGUUCACAAAGUUUCAAACAGCUUUUUGACACCGACUGAGAACUUCAUUCAAUGGAAAGGUUGUCUAUGAGAAAUCGCUCCGCCGUCGGUCGUUUCCCGGAAGUCACCCUCAGCUGGAGAGAUGAGCCCGACAAAGUUGACCUGGUGGAGGAAGAGGAGGAGGAGGAGGUGAAGGAGGAAAACGCCUGCAAGCGAUGGUUCCGGAAGGCGUGCCCGUGCUGUUGCCGGGCGACCAGCGUGGAGGAUGAGGUGGACAAACCUACUAAGCCUGAGCCCGUAGAGCCGGAGACACCUGAGGAGGAGGUCGGGCCCGAGAAACCUCCAGUGGAGGAGGUUGUGUUAGAUGAACUAUUACUUACAGUGCGCUCUGUAGACCUGUUGAAGUCGAAGACAGGGCAGAAUCGCAAAGAACAUCACACGGAAUCUUUCCAUGGUGAUGACCUCAUCAUCCGGAGAGGACAGACCUUCAUGAUGUGGAUCGAACUCUCACGGCCCUACAGCGCCGCCACAGACAGGCUGCACCUGAACCUCAAGACAGGGACCCUCCCUAAUGUGGCUAAGGGCACGCACGUCAUAGUGCCCCUAGUGGAGGAACUGGAGGAUGACUGCUGGGAGUGCAAGAUCGUCAAGAAAGAUGGGAACCGCGUGCAGCUGUCGGUCAAUUCCUUGCCGACUGCUGCCAUUGGUCGAUACGAGCUCACCGUGGCAACGCACUGUCCGCAGGGGGAGGCGACGUCCACACACGAUCCGGCCAAUGAUAUCUACAUGCUCUUCAACCCCUGGAACGAAGAGGAUGUGGUGUAUAUGGAGGAUGAGGAGGAGAGGAAGGAGUAUGUCCUGAAUGACGUGGGCCGCAUCUACUACGGCACAGAGAGCCAGAUCGGGGCCAGGACAUGGAACUUUGGACAGCAUGAUGAGGGGAUGUUGGCAGCGUGCCUGUACGUGCUGGAGAAGAGUGGAGUCUCUGCGACUGGCUUGGGAGACCCCGUUAACGUGGUCCGAGUGGUUUCUGCUAUGGUCAACUCCCCCAACGACCGUGGAGUUCUGCAGGGCAACUGGUCUGGUAACUAUGCAGGGGGCACCUCUCCCACAGCCUGGAGUGGCAGCGUGGACAUCCUUAAGCAGUACCACGCCUCUAAAGGAAAACCCGUCUGCUUCGGACAGUGCUGGGUCUUCUCUGGAGUCACCACAACAGUGCUGAGGUGCUUUGGAGUCCCCACCCGCAGUGUCACCAACUUCCAAUCCGCCCACGACACCGAUGUCUCCUUGACGACAGACAUCUACUUUGAUGAGAAUCUGGACCCACUGGACAGCCUCAACGCUGACUCCGUCUGGAACUUCCACGUGUGGAAUGACUGCUGGAUGGCGCGUCUGGACCUGCCGCCGGGGAUGGGGGGGUGGCAGGUGGUGGACUCCACCCCUCAGGAGACCAGCCAGGGUGUGUUCCGCUGUGGCCCCGCCUCCGUCAAUGCCGUACGCAACGGGCAGGUCUUCCUCAAGCACGACGCGCCCUUCGUCUUCGCUGAGGUGAACAGUGAUAAGAUCUACUGGCAGAGGAACAUAGACGGCACCUUCACUCAGAUCCACUCAGAGAAGCACGCCAUUGGCCACUUCAUCAGCACCAAGGCAGUGGGCUCAGACGAACGAGCUGACAUCACAUACCAAUACAAGCACCCGGAAGGUACGGACGAGGAGCGCAUCGCGGUGGAGACGGCCAGUCGCUACGGCUCCAAGCCCGAGGUCUACUCCCCCGCCACCAGCGAGGACGUGGCCAUCGAGAUCAGCAUGGAGGGUCUGGGUCCCCGCAUGGGCGCCGAUGCCGAGCUCCAGAUCACCCUGCGCAACAGCAGCGCCAGCCAGCCUCGCACCCUCACGCUGCACAGCCAGGUCUACGUCAUGUACUACACAGGCGUGCUGCGCGCACGCGUCAAGACCGACAAGAUCCCCGUGCAGCUGGCGCCCUCUGAAGUGCAGACGCUGGAGUGGGUGUUGCCCUAUAAGGUGUACCAGGACCAGUUGGUGGACCAGGCUGCCCUGAUGCUGAUGCUGUCUGGGAAGGUCAAGGAGACCCAGCAGGUGCUGGCCACGCAGUUCAACUUCCGCCUCCGCACCCCAGACCUCAUCAUCACUCCUCUAGGGGAGGCCGUAGUGGGAGAAGAGAUGGCUGCCAAGAUCGUCUUCACCAACCCCCUGCCCAAGACACUGAAAAACGUCAAGAUAAGAGUCGAAGGACUUGGCUUGCAAGACAUACAUGAGAUCGUUGUUGGUGAUGUCGUAGGCCACGCUAUAGUAACCCUGACAGAAAGGUUUGUGCCAAAGCUGGCGGGCCCUCGUAAACUACUGGCCUCCCUGGACUGCAAACAGCUCACUCAGGUGCAUGGUGUGACUGACAUCGUGGUGAAGGAGAAGAGCGGUCCACUCACUAAUAGUGAUGGCACUUAUGGCUCUUUAGCGGGAUCCGGAUCUUAGUGGCUCGUUCUUUUCAAAGAACUGUUCAAAAGACUGGCUCAUUUGGCAUUUUUGAAAUAUUUAUUUUGUGCUAAAAAAGAUAGCAUUUAAGAAUCCUCCUUUGAAAAAUGGAAUAAUGAAUGAAAACAAAAUGGAAAAAAACGUGGGUCCCCAGCUGUGACUCAGUUCCUAUCGCUCAUACUAUGAAGGAGCCGCUCAAAAGAAGUGGUUCAUUUGCGAGCGUCACUACACUACUCACAAAUUAACUCAGGCUACUAAUUCAGUAGCUUUCUGACUAGCAAACUAAUCAGUUACCGAAACAGUUAGCUAACUAACUAGCUGACUAACUGAUUAGCUAGCUAAUGUGCCUGCAUGUCAUUCAGCAAAAAAAGAAAACCUUGGCGUUAAGAGGUCCAAAGGGGUUAUGAGGACCAAUCAGGAAGACCUUUAUUACUGCCGGCAAGGUCCUUUGUCCAAUGAGGAGUGAACAUUUCUAGGUGCUCAAAUCUUUGAAGUGUGAAGGAUGCAUAGUAGCAUAACAUAUGCCUCUAACGGUAGUUGACACUUAAAUUCUGUAUGCCUGUAUUAUUUAUUUUAUAAUGUUAUAAGAUAUUGUAAUAGUUUGUAAUAUUAUGUGUUAUUUAUAGUUACAUUUGCACUGUUUUCAUGUAUAUUUAUUGGAUUUAACUACAUCGAAACAAAACUAAUUUCUGCUUGCUUUUUAUUAAGUCAACUUUGCGUUUUUGAAGUAAAAGGAUUUGCAGAUGAAGUAUUCAGUAUUAUGAAGUCAUGAACGUGAAGAUAGUUGACAGGCCUUGUUUUCAAUACUCAUGUGUUGGUAUAAUUUGAAACACUUUGUGUCAAAAUUCAAAUGUUUGUUUUUGUAUGUAAUAUUUCAUUGAUAUAGACAAAUAUUUAUAUUUUUUACUGUGUUUGUUUUCCAUGCUUGAUGUGCAGCUGGUAAGAAUAAAGCAGUUUGUCUUGCAUUAAUAAAAAAUGCUUUGUGAUCAAUUGUAAUAACUCAAAAGAGGAUUUUACUCUACGUAUUGCUGAUUUAUUUUUUUUACAAAUAAAAAACAUCAGUUCC